AUGCCGCCGGGCGUACGUUCUCAGAACUCUUUCGGAGAGUCCGGGCCGGCUGGUAAUCCUUUAAUCAAACCUACGGCCGCGUCCACGUCCGAAGCGAUCCAGACGACAGACGACCUUGGCCUACGGAACUGGGGGGCUCAUACAAGACUUAUAUCAGGACGGGACGAGUUGGACUCUGUACAACCACGUUGGUUCUUAUUUACACAGAAGAAAUUAAUCAUGUCAGGCGUAUGGGGAUGGUUUGGUGGAAACGCCGCGCAACGGCGAAAGGACACGCCCAAGAAUGCCAUCUUGGGGCUACGGUCACAACUCGACAUGCUUCAGAAGCGUGAAAAGCACCUGCAAAAUCAGAUUUCCGAACAGGAUGCGAUCGCAAGGAAGAACAUUUCAACAAACAAGAAUGCCGCCAAGGCCGCGUUGAAGAGGAAGAAGACACAUGAGCACAGUCUCGACCAGACGCUCUCACAGAUCGGCACGCUUGAGCAGCAGAUAAACGCCAUCGAGUCUGCAAACAUCAACAUGGAGACACUCGAGGCCAUGAAGAAGGCAGGCAAGGCCAUGGAGGAUAUACACGGGAAGCUCACUGUGGAGAAGGUGGACGAGACCAUGGACAAGUUACGGGAGCAAAAUGCUCUGAGCGAGGAGAUUGUCAACGCCAUCACAAACAACCAACUUGGCAACGAGGCGAUCGACGAUGCCGACCUGGAGGACGAGCUGGAAGCGAUGCAACAAGAGCAACUGGACGAGAAUAUGCUCAAGACCGGGCCGGUAUCGGACGCUAUCCACCGCUUACCAGCAGCUGUGAAUACAGAAAUCAAGGGAAAGGCAACGGCCGUCGAGGAAGACGACGAGGAGGCGGAGCUCAGGAAGCUGCAGGCAGAGAUGGCCAUGUGA